UUGUGGCAAAAAUAAAAAAGAAGCCCUAAAACUAAAACAGCAAAACUAGCAUCUUGGUGUUUUUUUGUAUCCGAAACGACUCGGAUUGAAUCACACAGAACUCAACUGCCGGAAAAAGCAGCCGGAGAGUUGAUCGUCGGCCGCCACAGAAACAAGUAAGGCUAUCGUGAAAUGGGUUGGAAAGCAGCUGAGAAACUUAUUAGGCAUUGGAAAGUUAUCAGAGGGGACAAUGUUAUGAUAAUAAGGGGCAAAGAUAAGGGUGAAACUGGAGUAAUUAAGCGUGUUGUUCGCUCUCAGAAUCGUGUCAUUGUUGAGGGCAAAAAUCUGGUAAAGAAGCAUAUCAAGCAAGGACAAGGCCAUGAAGGUGGUAUCUUUACUGUCGAAGCUCCAAUCCAUGCCUCCAAUGUGCAAGUUAUUGAUCCAGUAACAGGGAGGCCUUGCAAGGUUGGAACUAAGUAUCUUGAAGAUGGUACCAAAGUCAGAGUGUCCAGGGGAAUAGGAGCGUCUGGGUCCAUUAUUCCUCGUCCCGAGAUCUUAAAGAUAAGAACUACACCAAGACCUUCUGUCGCUGGUCCCAAAGAUACUCCAAUGGAACUUGUGUAUGAGAAGACUUACGAUGCUAAAUCAGGAAAGGGCAUGCCUGAACUUUAAGUAAGGAGAUAGAUUUAUUAGGUACCUUGUCCAAUUAGAUAUUUGCCAUCUCAAUGAGCAUGGUAUGAUAUGAAUUUUGUUGCAUCAUGUUCGGUUAAAUAAAUCGCGUUCAGAUUUAUGUGGGAAUUAAAUACCAAUCACUUGUUUUA